CUGGUCCAAAACCCAUUCAAGUUCCUCAUUUGUAUAGCCUUCUCUUCCUUCCCCUUAACAUUCCUAUCCCAUGUCGAGCUUCAAUGUCCACACUCAAAAGUAACAUUUCCUAAAGUCUCUUCUUGCUGCUUUUGUCACUUAAUCUUCUUGAGCUACUCAUCUUUUCUUCCAGCUCCAAGCGUAGUGACAUGGUUUUUGAAUCCUCUGUUGAUUUUACCUGCAACUCUUACUUUGCAAUUUUAACCCAAAUCAUUUCACUCAGAAUAUUCCUUGGACCUUCUCUUUGGAAGGUCUCUCUCCUUGUCAAGCAAAAGCUUUUGCUUGGAAGGCUCCGAUGUCAAUGCCAAUGACAUGCUUCAAGUUUGGAGGCCGAGUCUUGCUUUGUCCAAAGGUGUGUGUGCAUGUGUUUUUUGAACGCUUAAGUCUCAUAGCCAUCUUUUCUUCUACCGUGAAGUUGGAUGGAGGGUUUGGGCUAGCUUUUCUAAUGUCUUUGGUGCUUGUUGGGUUUAUCUUCCAAAUCGUGAGUGUUUCAUGGUCUCUUCCCUUUGUGGCAUGGAAAGAAAGAGAGUAGAAUUAUGAAGGACCAUUUUCUACGUCAUUGCUUAUUUGGGAUAAGCUGAUUUUUUACUUUUAGCUUUCUGUUUGAGCUAAGGUGAAUAUAAGGGCUUUGAUACUUGACUGGCUGUUUAUAUGAAUUGGUUUUGUCAACGUCUACUGCUUUACCAUUAGCUGUUAAUGGUGAAUAUUGCGUUUCAGUGUGCAUCGUGUUUGUGGCCAGUGUACAGGUUCUUGCUAACUUCAUCUGUUUACUGAAGUCUAUAAUCUAUUUCAACCAUUUCUAGAGAUUUGAAUUCUGUACACUAGCUCUAUUCCUAGAAAAGUUAAUGCAGAGGUUGGGAGAAGGUGGAGUUAGCUUGCUCGUUAAGAGUAUUUCAAUAAUGGCAUAUUAAUGAGACACUUUAGUAGAAAUUCUCUACCUCAUAAAGCAGGAAGAGAAAAAGGAUAAAUGUUAUGAGAACAAAUAAUGAAAGAGGCAUCUCAGAGCGAAGAAAGAAGAAUGACAGAUAUAGCAGGGAAGGAAUUCGGUUAAUUCCUCAAAAUAUAUCACAGGAAAGAGACAUCUUCGAACCUGGAAAGAAGCAGGACAGAUGUAUCAAGUCAGAAACCAUCUGGCCAGUAAAAAAAGAUGAAAUUCUUAAAAAGAGCGAACAUAUUCCUCAGACAGUUAGCCUUCCUCCAUUGGUUAGUGCUCUACAAUCUUCAGCCAAUAAAAAUGUCGCCAGUUUUCACUUCCCUGGACAUAACAGAGGUCAUGCUGCUCCACCUUCUUUAACUCAGCUUAUUGGUUUACAACCAUUUAUACAUGAUUUACCAGCAGUCCCUGGGCUUGACAAUCUCUUUUCUCCGGAGGGGCCAAUUUUAGAGGCACAGAAGCAAGCGGCCAAACUUUUUGGAUCAUCAGAGACAUGGUUUCUUGUUGGGGGUACCACUUGUGGAAUACAAGCGGCCAUAAUGGCAACUUGUUCUCCUGGAAAAUAUCUAGUCCUCCCCCGGAAUUGUCACAUGUCGGCUAUUUCUGCUAUGGUUCUAUCUGGGGCAAUACCUAUGUACAUAAUUCCUGAAUAUGAUCACAACUGGGACAUAGCUGGUGGGGUCACUCCAUCACAGGUAGAAGAAGCAAUUAAGGAAUUGGAACUGAAAGGUCACAGAGCAGCAGCAGUUCUUGUCACUUCUCCUACGUAUCAUGGUAUAUGCAGCAACUUGAGGAAGAUUUCCAAGCUUUGUCGUUCUCAUGGAAUUCCUCUGAUAGUGGAUGAGGCUCACGGGGUACACUUAGGAUUUCAUCCGCAGCUGCCUCAGUCAGCUCUUCAACAAGGGGCUGAUAUAGCUGUACAAUCCACUCACAAGGUUCUAUGUUCUCUUACACAGUCAUCGAUGUUGCACUCGUCAGGGAAUAAUGUAAAUAGAGAAAAAAUAAGUAGGUGCCUUCAGACCCUUCAAAGCACUAGCCCUAGUUACCUUCUUUUAGCAUCGCUCGAUGCAGCCAGAGCUCAGCUUAGCGAGAACCCAAAAAUCAUUUUUAACAAAGCAUUGGAUUUGGCUACAGAAGCACAACUUUUGGUAAAAAAGAUUACAGGCAUCUCAGUGCUUGAUUUUCCAAGUUUCACUAGCUUCCCUGCAAUUGAUCCUCUGCGGCUUACUACUGGGUUUUGGCAGCUUGGUUUAUCUGGUCAUGAAGCAGAUAAAAUUCUGUACUCAUAUGGAAGCAUAAUCUGUGAACUUGUUGGGACUCGAUCUACUACUUUUACCAUCAACCUUGGAACUUGUCGGGAUCACAUUGAAAGGUUAGUGAGAGGAAUGGAGCACUUAUCAGCAACUUGCAGAUCCGUUCAGAAAAUUGAAGAGAAAGUGGCUUCUGAAAGUUUGGCACCUUUUGCUGAUAUUACUAUCACCCUGAAUCCAAGGGACGCAUUCUUUUCAAGUAAAAGGAAAAUGAAAAUUGAGGAGAGUGUUGGAAAGGUUUGUGGGGAGAUGAUAUGUCCUUAUCCACCUGGGAUUCCUUUAAUGAUUCCGGGUGAAUUGAUUACCAAAGAAGCUUUAGAUUAUCUUCUGUAUGUUAGAAGCAAAGGUGCGAUCAUUACCGGUGCUUCUGAUCCUUUCCUCUCUUCCAUUGUUGUCUGUGAUGGGUAGUUCAGAGCAUGGUAAAUGAUAAUUCCUCAUAACAAGAGCUUGAGGAACGUUUCGCAAGUGGUGAUAUCUAGCGUCAUGAAUAUCAACAGACAACGUUAUGGAUUUUUUUUUUCUUAAACAAAGUAAUUUUAAGACUUU